AUGAAUGUGAUAACUCGGAAGCGGGGCUGGGCUAAAGCGUAUAUAUCUCGAGCGUACGAUAUUUCGCAAAAUAUUGAGGAGCCAGUCAAUGUGGAGCUUUUGUCCAAUCGUUUGCAAAAAUUGGAGCAAAGUUUUAGUGAUUUGGCAGAAUUGAGUCAACAGUUGUACGAAUACGAAGAUCAGGACGGGUUUGUAGAUCCAGUAGAAGACAUCUUGGAUUACAAGGAGAAAUACUUUACUGCUCACGCAUUGCUGUCUACCGCACUGAAGGCUAAGGCUCGAGAAUUCCCAUGUUCACUGAAUGAGGACUCGAUCAAUAAGUUGGCUGGUCAACAAGCUGCAUUUCUUGAGCGCCUAAAUGAAACCCAAAACAUUUCGAACAUUCAUCUACCUAAAAUUCAAGUUCCUACGUUUUCUGGCAGCUACCAGGAUUGGCCUUCUUUUAGGGAUUUAUUUACUGGUGCCAUCGACCAAAAGACAAAUUUAACAUCAACGCAAAAAUUCCAUUAUUUGAAGUCAUACCUAGCGGGAGAAGCGUUGAAGUUAGUAAAACAUUUGGCUCCGACUGACAGUAAUUAUUUGGAAGCAUGGGAUCGGCUAACCCAACGGUAUGAUCGUAAACCGCUCAUCGUACGAUCAUUUAUACAAUCUUUUUUGUCCCUUCCUACUUGUCAUACGGCAAAUGCACAAACCUUACGAAAAAUAACAUACGGAGCAGAUGAGGUUAUGCGGGGACUCAAUGCUCUCAAUUCUAAUCAACGGGAUCCAUGGUUAAUACAUAUACUUCUUACCAAGGUGGAUGAUGAAAGUAAGAAAGAUUGGGCAGAAUCCAGCGAUGCAAGUACAGAACGAUCGUUCGAAGAUUUGCUACAGUUUUUAGUUCGCCGGUGCGAUUCUCUGGAAACAUGCCAAUCCAAUACACACUCAACAGGUCGACGCUCGGCUGUGGUUCAUUUCGCUCAUUCUUUAAAAGGGAAACAAAGUAAUCAGUGUGCAAUGCAAUGCACUGAUGUACAUACGCUUACUCAUUGUCCUAAAUUUAAAGCACUUGAUGUGACUGCUAGAAGAUCGUUUGUGAAAUCUAAAAAAUUAUGCUAUAAUUGUCUAAGCAGCUCCCAUCAGUUUAAUAAAUGCUCGAGUUCUAUGAAAUGUCGAGUUUGCUAUUCUCCUCAUCACACUCUUUUACAUUUUGAACCCAACGCCAAGCCGAAAGAUGUCGAGAAACAAACUGUAGCGACUGUGGAUAAUACAAUAACUAAUCAAAAGGUUGAAAGUCAGCCUAUCUUGAGUAAUCAUUCUAUGGAAAAGGUUACUAUUCCUUCGCAAAUAAUUUUACCUACCGUACUUGUUAGGGUUAAUGAUCAACAGGGCACUGCGGUGAAUUGUCGAAUGCUGAUUGACAGUGGGUCGACAGCCUCAUUCGUUACGGAAGCAUUGGUGCAAUUGAUAGGUGCAAAACGUCAACAUGCUCGUGUCCCAAUCACAGGGCUCUCCUCGCAAAGCGUUGGCAUUACGCGCGGCCGUGUGGUUCUUACACUACAUUCUGCAAGCAAUGAAAACAGUUUUAUUGUUGAAGCGCUUAUUCUCCAGAAGCUGACUUCGACACUACCAUCACAUCCAAUUAACUUAUGCAAACAGACACGUGAACAAAUUAAGCAACUAUCGUUGGCGGAUCCAACAUUCGGGAUCCCUGGUCCAGUAGAUAUGAUUAUUGGUUCUGAUCAACUUUGGAAAAUUCUAACAGGCGAAAAGAUUCAGUUAAUAAAUGAAACUCUGAAUGCUGUGAAUAGCGUCUUCGGUUGGGUAAUUACUGGUUCGUGUUUAUCUGAGGCCGAAUAUCCACCACACGUUUCAGGAAGUCAUGCAUUGCAAGAUGUCGAUUACCUUGUUCGGUCACUUUUGGAAAUGGAUAAUUUACAAUCAUCAAAAAGCAAAAUCGACGAACACGAUCCUGUAGAAAAACAUUUUUCUUCAACAGUUCAAAGAGGUGAGGAUGGAACCUAUGUGGUCAAAUAUCCAUUUAAAGCUGAUAUGAAGCCCAUCGAUGACACUCUAACACAAGCUAUUGCACGCCUUAAUAAUAUAGAUGCCAAAUUGCAACGCCAGCCUGCUCUUAAACAGCAAUAUACAGCUUUUUUGGAUGAAUAUCUAGAAUUGGGUCACAUGGAAUUGAUUCCAGAGCAGCAGAUUAAUGUUUACACGUCAAACCGUUUUUACUUAGCACAUCAUCCAGUUAGUAAGAUUGACAGCUCUACAACUAAAUUCCGGGUGGUUUUUGAUGGUUCCCGUAAAAAAUUCAUCUGGAUAUUCAUUAAAUGA